AUGUCCCGUUCAUUCUAUGUCGACUCCUUAAUCAUCAAAGACUCCUCGAGGCCGGCUCCGUCCCUGCCUGAGCAUCACCACGGCCAGGACUUCUUCAUCCCUCUCAGCAUGCCUUCUCCCCUCGUCAUGUCGGUGUCGGGCCCGGGAUGCCCGUCCCGCAAGAGCGGCGCGUUCUGCGUCUGCCCGCUCUGUGUCACCUCGCACCUGCACUCCUCCCGCGGCACCGGUGGCGGCGGUGGCGGCGGGGGAGGCGGCGGGGCCAUCCCCCUGCUCAAGAGCCAGUUCCCUGCCUCCGCCGGCGAGGCCCAGUGCUGCCCGCGGGCCGGACACCCUCACCACCCGCCGCAGCACCCACCGCCCGCGGCCCCCGUGCCCGCCGCCGCCGCCUUGGGGCACCCAGCGCAUCACCCACCUGCCUGCUCCGCCACCACCUACAGCGUCAGCGACCCCCGGAGAUUUCACUGCCUCGGCAUGGGAGGGUCCGAUUCCAGCCAAAUUCAAAACGGGAAAAGGAUGAGGACGGCUUUCACCAGUACCCAGCUCUUGGAGCUGGAGAGGGAAUUCUCCUCCAAUAUGUACCUGUCCCGUCUGCGGAGGAUAGAGAUAGCCACCUACCUGAACUUGUCCGAGAAGCAAGUGAAAAUCUGGUUCCAAAACAGGAGGGUGAAGCACAAGAAAGAGGGCAAAGGCACCCAGCGAAACUCCCACGGAAGCUGCAAGUGCAGCAUCAGCCAGGGGCAUUACCCCAGGUCGGAGGAUGAAGAGUCACUGUCCCCCUCAUCGGCUACGGAGGAUAAAGAAAUCUCCCCGUUGUGA